AUUGGGCCUAUAAUAUAGAAUUUGGUGGGCUUUAGUUGCUGUACCUGAAAUAUAUCAACUUUCCCUUUUCAGUUUUCAAUUGUUCUUCCUGCAGACCAAUAUUUUUCCCUGAAGCUGAGCCGCUGCUUUCUGCUCUUACAUUUUCUCUGCAGCCAAACAGGUCAAAAAUCAGCAUGGAAGUCAUAUCACUUCCCAAUUCAAAGACGGUAACUUUCGCUAACCAAUUUAUGUUCAAAUUGAACCGCAAGAACGGGAACGUUUGUCCAACCCCGUCUCUGCCACCCACUUCUGUUCUUCGAAUUUUGCGACCCCUUCUCCGUGCAACAAAAUCAGCUGUAAAGCUUCAAUUCUUAUCACAACCGCUCGAAAUUACCUCCGAUGCUGCUAUCCCCACUUCCGGAAAACACAUGAAGACUGCCACAGCUAGUGAUGUUUUGCACUUGCUGGACAGCCUUUCUCUGCGCGUCCCUUCUGAUAUCUACACUUCCCUUAUCAAGGAAUGCACUGCCAUCCGUGAUUCUGCUGGAGCAUUACAGUUACAUGCUCACAUCAAAAGGAGCCGACUUAAGCCCACCCUUAAUUUGAUCAACCGUCUACUUCUGAUGCAUGUGUCAUGUGGUCACUUGGAGACUGCCCGCCAGUUGUUUGAUCAAAUGACCCUUAAAGAUUUCAACUCUUGGGCAAACAUGAUUGUUGCUUAUAUUGACACUGGUGAGUAUGAAGAGGGUAUCGCUCUUUUUGUGCAAAUGCAAAAUUACAUUUCGAUGUUGAAGUUUCCUGCUUGGAUCGUAGUCUGCAUUUUGAAGGUGUGUGUGCUGACAAGGAAUGUGGCACUGGGAAAGCAAGUACAUGGGCAGUUACUCAAGUUGGGUGCUACAGAUAAUUUGUUUCUAUCAGGGUCCAUAAUCAACUUCUAUGGCCGAUUAAAAUGCUUAGAUGAUGCUCGCUCUGUCUUUGAUCAAUUGUCUUGUCGUAACACUGUUAUUUGGACAGAAAAAAUUGUGAACAGCUGUAGAGAGGGCCAAUUCGUUGAGGCUAUUCAUGAUUUCAAUGAGAUGAGUAGGGAGGGUAUUAAGAGGGACAGCUUUACCUUUUCAAGUGUUCUCAAGGCAUGUUCUCAAUUGCAUGAUGAUGGCAAGUGUGGUUGUCAGGUGCAUGCUAGUGCCAUCAAACUAGGUUUGGAAUUUGAUGCUUUUGUACAGUGUGGAUUAAUUGACAUGUAUGGGAAAUGUGGGUUGCUGCCAGAUGCAGAAAGGGAAUUUGAGGCUGUUUGUGAUAAGAAAAACAGCGCAUGUUGGAAUGCAAUGCUUAUGGGUUAUGUGCAUAAUGGAGUUUGUGUUGAGGCCAUUAAAUUUUUGUAUAAGAUGAAAGAGGUUGGAAUCAAGGUCCAAGAAUCACUCGUUGACGAGGUUAGGAUUGCUUGCUCUAGCAGUACCCUAACAAGAGAACUAGGCAAGCAAACUGAUAGAUGUACAGCUGAAGAAUAACAAUUUAAUUUAACUGCAGUGGCAGAGUAGACUAUUACUAAAACACUUUCACUUCCUUUGGUGAGCUUCCAUGCAAACCAAAAUCCACAUAAAAGGCCAGUAUAUAUAUUAAACAUGCAACAUAUGAUGGUGGGACUACUGAUGCUAUCUGUCACCCAAACUUUUUAACCAAUGAUUUGAGGAUUGUGACGUCUGCAUUCUGACUUCCAUUCUGGGCUACGAUGUGUUAUUUUGACUUGUGGAACUUUUGUGCCGUACCACCUUGGAUAUUCAAAUGGUUAGCAAUGUAAUGGAAUUUGUGAUUCAGAGUUGAAAUUGAGGACGGGAUCAUUAGCCUUUAUUAUAGAGAUACUGAUUAUGCUGAAUGGAGUCAAUGAGCUGCUGAAAUAUGUAAUCUCUGGAAUAAGUACGUUUUCAAGAUCUGGAAGAUCGAUUUGAGAUGUUGCUUGCCAUUCAGCUGUACUUGAUAUAAGGUGCGCUUUGCAACUUUCAAGAUGGAUUUGGAAAUUGGUAACAUUUCAAGUGUAUUGCUUUUAGGAAAUCUGCACCAGACUAUUCAGAAAGAAAGAAAGGAAGAAACUGAUUUUGUAUCAUGAUCUUGCUUGGAAACAGCAUCUCUGGAUUGCAUUUAGGGUCUAGAUCAUAAUGAUGAACUUUGAAGCAGUGUCCGUCUCCAUCCAAAGAAUGCAGUGUAGUUGAUAUUUCAAGGAUGAAGUACAGUUGGUGAAAAAAAAGAGACAAGUUUUAAAGCAUAGCUGAAGAGAGGUACGGUGCAGUGCCACAGUUUUGACACCAAUACAGUAAGAGUGAUGAAGCAGUUUUAUUAUCUCUAUGAACAUUUUUUUACAGUCUAAUAAAUAUGCAUGUGCAUGUCCCACUUUGUGUUUAGGUAUCAUCACUGUGUCUUGGGACCACAAAAGAUGAAUUACUAUGGAUGCAUCAUCUCUUCAAUAUGUUAAUUUUAGUGGAUUAUAUGUUCUACCAUGUAAGCCCAAUUUCAGCCAAUUGAGAGGGACUAUUAGUUUAUUGCUGGAGGAAUCUUGUCUAUUUAGGAGAACAUUCCUGUGUGUAUGCAUUUUAUUGUGUUUGAGUAUUUUGAAUAUCUGAGAUCAUUUGGUGGAACUUAAAGGCAAAUUUGUUUUUAAACAAAUUCUUUUCUCACAAAUUUAAAAUUGUCUUAUUUUCUUUCAAAAUCCAAAUUAUGAAUCUAGUUUUUGAAGAAUUCUCUUCAAAUUUCUUUCUGAAUAUUUCCCACCGCAAAAAUAAUAAUUUUAGUACUGGUGUCUCUGGAUUAUGAUAAUUGACAAUUUGAAAAAUGUUUUUGAUACAAUAUUAAUUAAUUAAUGUAAUUUGUUGCAUAAUAAUAUGAGUAAUUUUUA